CAACCUACCCACCAACUAUAACAUUUUAACACCAAAAACUGACUUUUCGCAAUGAAAAUUCAACUCGUCGCACUUUUCCUGGCAAUCGCGCUACACAGCGCACAGUCGCGCAUAUUCGAUAAAUGUUCGCUGACACACGAACUGGCCGCACAGGGUAUACCACGUGCCAAUAUACCCAACUGGGUGUGCAUCGCACAGUACGAAAGCAAUUUCAACACCGCCGAAGUGGGUCCACCAAAUCCGGAUGGUUCACGAGAUUGGGGUAUAUUUCAUAUAAACGAUCGUUAUUGGUGUAAACCUGCUGAUGGCCGACCCAGUGCGAACUCCUGUCGUGUACCCUGUCGUUCACUGUAUACGGAUGAUAUAACGGCCGCAGUCAAGUGUGCACGACAAAUUAUACGUACGCAGGGUUUCACAGCUUGGAACACAUGGAAUACUAAUUGUGGCAGAGGUGCGAAUGUACCGAAAAUUGAUGAUUGCUAUUGAAGUGAAUUGUGUUGUAGAAGUGUCAAGGCUCUACUUGGGUGACAGCUUAUAUGCUCUAUAUGCUUGCGAAGUGAAACAUGAUUUCGUAUGUAAGUAAAAAUGUAGGUAACAUCUGUAAGCGAUGUAUCUGAUCUUGAAGAAGUUAUUUGCAAAUUAAUUCACAAGAAUUUAUUGCAAUUGUUGUUGUAUAAACUACACAAAGUGUUUUUAUUGAUAGGAAAUCGCUCAGGUUAAUAAAAAAUUUUGAGAGAAAACCUGAGCUCUUCGUCCACAAUGGGUGGGAACGGAGAGGAUUUUUAGCUCAGUGGUGUCAACUUGGCAAAGGAUGCCUUUUGAAGAACUGUUCACAAAGUAAUUUCUACUAGGAGCUGAAAUCGUCCAUGCAAUCUAUGAGGACAUCGAACAAUACGCCGACUAAACUUCGGCCGCGGACAGCAUCAGACGUGCCUUAAACUCUAUUCACAGUGGAUUUCCUUCCUUCCUUGAUUCCCUUGAUAGUGAAUGACAUCAUUGGAGUCAAACCACCGCCUAUUGAAGACGACGAGCUCUCAUUAUUUCGUGAAACAAGAGUGACACUUGGGCAACUUCGUUCCUAAUAUUGUAUUAACCUGCUACUCCUACUUAUCCAGAAUAGACGUCGAAAUAUCGAUUAUAUGUCCUGCAUGCAACGAAUCCCUGCAUGAUACUAACCUUAUCUUUACAUGACCAACAAAUCCGACUCUUUUAACAACCCUCUCUCUAUGCUCCGACCCUGUCAACAGUUUGAAACGGUUUGUUUCCUGGAUAUCAUGUUAGAUGACCUCGAUGACAAUAUGUUUAGGCUUUCCGCUUCAACCAGAGCCGGAAUAAUCGUUAUAACAACAACAGCAACCAGUUUCGAUAGGGUCGGAUCAAUGAAUCGGUUCAAUUGUCAUUACAAAGAAGUUACUAAUACACGAGAACUGAAAAUAUGUUUGGUCACCAUCAAUUACUGGAUAUAAUCUGCAAAGAAGGACUCCAAAAUUGUUUUUAACCAAACUUCAAUUGAUCAUUUGCAAAUAUGAAAAAUAAUCCAUUUCUCGUUUAAAAAUUACUUUUUAAUAAAAUUCACGUAUACGAAAUCUUCUAGAUAUAUUCUUACAUAUCUACGAAUGUAUAUAUAAAUUUACAAAUAAUCAACUUUAUUUUAUUACCCUAUCCAACUAAACAUAAGAUUGUCA